CACCCCAGCAGCCUGCCUUCUACCCCUCCUGCCACACGCCUGUGGACACCAUGAGCGUGAAAGGAAAAGUCACUGUAGCUCUGGGUGAGAAGUUGGUUUAAAAAAACGACCACAAUGGAGAGGGAACUGAGUCUGAACCGGGCCGAGACCUUCUCCUUCGUCAACCCCUGGAUCAGAUAUUUCCUCUUCUUCUUCAGCUUCCUGUUCUGGGUUUUCUCCUUAUUGAUUGUUGCCAUCGGGGUCUACGCCAAAGUCCAGAAAGCCACAGAAACGGUGCGGGACAGGUUCCUGGUCGACCCAGCUGUCAUCCUAAUUGUGGUGGGGGUGGUGAUGUUCUUCAUCACGUUCUGCGGCUGCAUCGGAGCCCUCAGGGAGAACAUUCGCCUCCUCAAGACAUUUUCCUUCAGCCUGACCCUGGUCUUCCUCAUCCACCUGGCCGUAGCAAUACUAGGCUUCUUCUACUCCGACCAGACCCGCAGCGCUUUGGAAAAGUUUGCGAGGAAGGCCAUCGUGCACUACCGGGACGACCUGGACCUGCAGAACCUCAUGGAUUACAUCCAAAAGGAGUUCAAGUGCUGUGGGUGGAACAGCUACACGGACUGGUCCUGGAAUCUGUACUUCAACUGCACCCGUGAAAACCCCAGCUCGGAGCGCUGCGCCGUGCCGUACUCCUGCUGCACUCCCGUCCCCGGCGAGACAGUGAUCAACACCAUGUGUGGCUUCGGGGUCCAGACCCAAAAGUAUCUGGAUGCAAACAAGUCGAUCUACCCGGUGGGCUGCGCCGACAGGGCCGUGAUGUGGAUCGAGACCCAUCUGCUGCUGGUGGGGGCGCUCACGCUGGGCCUGGCCUUGCCUCAGAUCGCCGGCAUCGUGCUGUCGCAGAUCCUCAUCUCUCAGAUCCAGGAGGAGAUUACCUCGCUUUCAUGAGCGGGACGCGGGACAUCAGGAAAAGACGCCGUUCCUGGAGGUUUCUGACGAGUGUGAGGGCAGGAAUAACGCUUGCUGCUUUUAGAUGCACUUUAUUCUUUUUCUCCAGCAGUUUUUACAUCAACACUUGGGAUUAAAUGUGACAUUUUUACCUAAAAUAUCAUUUAACAAUUCAUUCAGUCUUCUUGUUGGUUUCCAGCAAAUGUUUCAAUGUCAUGAUUGAUUUGAAUAAGAAAAUAUGAAAUAAUCACACUAUGUAAUAGUAAAGUGAAUCAAUUGAAAGAAUAGUGUACAAAAACUU